UGUUAAAGGAGGAAAAACACACAUACAUCGAUAGGUAACAUACCUUGACACAACAUUUCAUCACAAGAGGACCCAGCAGCCAACUAUGGCGGCGCCCGGAGGAACUUUAAACUGUGAGGACUUCUCAAUGUUUCAGGAGGUGCUGAGGGUGAUGCGCACCAUAGAUGACCGCAUCGUCCAUUCCCUGAACACCACCGUGCCCACAGUCUCCUUCUCAGGCAAAGUGGAUGCCACACAAACAUGCAAACAACUCUAUGAAUCUAUGAUGGAGGCUCACCUGAGCAGAGACAAAGCUAUCAAGUCCUGUAUAGCCCAAACGUCUGAGGUGGUGGGACAGCUGCGUGAGCAAAGAGCAAAAGACAAUGACAACCUGGCACUCAUCAAAGAGCUCAGAAAGGAGCAGACCAAAUUAAAACUUAUGCAAUCAGAGCUGAAUGUGGAAGAAGUUGUCAAUGAUAGAAGUCUGAAGAUUUUCCAUGAAAGGUGCAGAAUCCACUACACUCCUCCGAAGGUGAAGUGAAGCUCUGCCUGAUGAGCAGAGCUGUUUCCCUCCAGGUUCAAAUCCAGACUGGAGCUGUGACCUGCUGCUGAGUCCCGACUGCAGGCUGUUCACCAUCCAGACCACUGUGACCUCUUGCCUGACACACUUCUAUUCCAUUGUGAUUCUUGCAUUGCACUGUCACAGCUGUAAAACAGUCAUCGGUGUACUUCUGUAGUCAGAAACGUUGUACAAUAACAGUUUUUUAAAAAGACAAUGAAAUGUUUUCAGGGGA